UCUGCCAAGUGCGGCUACGGUGUCGAUCGCUCGGUGACGAACAGAGCGUACCGAGUGAAACGUCGUUGAUUUCCAGCGCUAUAUGGCAGCUCAUUAUCGGCUGGAGUUUGUAGAUUGUGCUGGAGUUCAUAAAAAGUCGUUCGGAAACUGAACGCGAUCAGUCGAUCUAGCGCCUUACGACCCUGAGGUUGCACGCUGAACGUUGCUUCACAUUAUCACCGGUGUAGUUUGGUGCGUCUGAGUUAGUUAAAGUUGUUACCAUCCGGCUAGCAAAUAACAAAGGCAAAUAUGCAAUCGGAAAACGAAACCUACCUCGGGCUGGAUUUAAGCACUCAGAAGCUGAAAGCAGUCUUGCUAAACACAAGAUUAGAUAAUGUUGCUCAUGCGGAGGUUAAAUUUGAUUCUGAUCUACCAGAAUUUCGAACGACUGGCGGUGUAAAUGUUGGAUCUUCUAAAAAUGAAUUUUUUGUACAACCAGUCAUGUGGAUCAAGGCGCUGGAUAUGGUUUUGGACCGCAUCGUUGUACAGGGCGCGGAUCUGAGCACGGUUGUGGCACUAAGUGGAUCCGCUCAGCAGCAUGGGUCGCUGUACUGGUCCCGAUCGGGCAUUGAAACACUGCGCAACUUAGAUGCGGAUAAAUUUCUGCAUACACAGCUGGAUGACUCGGCCUUUACGAUGCAUCGUACACCGAUCUGGAUGGACUGCACGACGGCGAAGCAGUGCGAAGAGAUGGAAACGGCUGUAGGAGGUCGCGAGAAGAUGGUGGAAAUCACCGGCUCUCGUUGCUAUGAGCGUUUUACGGGCCCGCAGAUUCGCAAAAUCUUCCAACAACGCCCCGAUUGCUAUCGUAACACCGAGCGUAUCUCGCUCGUGAGCAGCUUCCUGGCAUCGAUAUUCCUUGGCGAUGUGGCACCGAUCGACUGCUCCGACGGGUCCGGCAUGAACUUAUUGGAUGUGCGAACACGCAACUGGUCGGACGAGUGCCUGGCGGCGUGUGCCCCGGACCUGAGCGCGAAACUGGGUCAACCAGUGCCGGCGGACACCAUUGUCGGCACGGUAGGGUCAUUCUUCGUGCAGCGAUAUAAUUUCAACCCCGCCUGCAGGAUCGUGGCGUUUACCGGUGACAAUCUUUCCGCUCUCGCCGGAAUGAACGUUGGUCAGGAUUGGCUAGCGCUUUCGCUCGGUACCAGCGAUACGGUCAUGAUGAAGCUGGACACGCCGUCCAAUCUGCAGGAAGGACACGUACUAGUGCAUCCAACGGAUGAUGGUUUCAUGGGCUUGUUGUGCUUCCGGAAUGGCUCGCUGGUGCGGGACAUAUUCAAGCGGUCGGAAGCGAACGAUAACUGGGAAAAUUUCAGCGAAUUGCUUGACUCGACACCGCGCGGUAACUUUGGCAACCUGGCGCUUCACUUCAUCUCGAAGGAGAUUCUUCCACCGGUUAAAGGAUCGCUUCGCUGGAAUAAGAACUCUAGCCUGGCUAGCGUGGAGCUAGCGAAGGGCGUCCUCAAGUAUAGUUCCUCGCAGACCGAAAUUCGUGCCCUCGUAGAAGGCCAAAUGCUAACGCGGAAGGCGUACGCGUCCGAGAUGGGUUUCAGCUUUGGUGAGAAUACGAAAAUUCUCGCCACCGGUGGCGCCUCGGCCAAUCGAUCGAUCCUGCAGGUGGUCUCGGAUGUGUUCAACGCGCCGGUCUACAUCCAGAAAACGACCGAGGCGGCUUUGUGCGGUGCGGCGUACCGGGCCAAGUAUGUGCUGAGCGUGGCUAGGUCGAAGGAGCAGUGCGACCGGACACCCGGUCCGGGAUCGUACUACGAUUUUAUAGCCGAGCUGCUGCCACACUCUGUGACGCGCGUGUGCGAUCCCAGCAAGGACAGCGAGGAAAUCUACGGGGCCAUGGUUGAGCGAUACCGUGCGAUGGUAAGCUUUAUGCUGGAGAAUCAAGAGUAGCUUCCGGCUGUCCGCGACGUACAGCAAAUCGGUACGGCAGUAGGGAGUUGGAGAGGAAACACAUUUGACAUUUAAUCUUCAGGAGAAGACUGUUAACGCUUUGCUUAAGCUAGUGAUGAUUUUGUUAUGACGUCGGUCCAGUACGUACACAUUCCAUUUGUGGUGAUAAUAAUAAACAGACAGAUAGAGCUUUUCUAGUUAUACAGCUAUACAUGCAUCAAUUGC